UGUUUUGAUAAAGCCGCCCGCCAUCUUCUUGGCCUAAGAGCGGUGUUAGUUAUCGUUUAUUAUUUUAUGAAAAACACGGCUGACUCCAAUAAAAGUAUCAGCAAAAGUAAGAGGAGCCUUUCUCCGCCCUGACGGUUUACGAUGAGCUUGGAAACUCUCUUGGAGGCUGCAGAAUUUUUGGAGUCUAGGGAGCAAGCAAAAUCGACGAAGUUUUCUCCACAAAAUGCCAAUGGCGAUCAAAGAAGAAACCACGGACCGGCCUCAGUUAGCGAUGACACUGCUGCCAUGUUGGCAAAGUUUGCUAUAGAGGGGCGGAUAAGAACAAAAUCGGGGUCUGGUAAAGACAAAUCAAGUGAUACAUCUCCAGAUGGAUCAACCAGUAGCAUCCCUGAUGGAAAUUUUCUUCGCGCAGGCACCAGAGAGGUUCACAACAAGCUGGAGAAAAAUAGACGAGCCCACUUGAAAGAAUGUUUUGACUUCCUGAAGAAGAAUGUUCCGAGCCUCGAAGAAAAGAGGACAUCUAACCUCGGGAUUCUGCGAUGUUCUCUCAGAUAUAUACAGAAUUUGAAGCGUAAGGAGCGAGAAUUUGAGGUCGAGCUACAUAAGUUUGUGCACCAGAAGAUCGUGCUGCAGGAACACCUGUCGAACCUGAAGGUAGAUCUCCAGCAGAUGGACAUUGACGUGGACAUCAAUGCCCUCGCUGUGUCUCAUGACCAGGAUAAUGAUAGCAACUCUACAUCCACCGCCACAGAGCGUGGCACUCCACCACCGAGCGACUACGAUGAAAAUGAUGAUGAUGAAGAAGAGGCAGAAAUGCUGGCUAUGGAAACAAACUCUCCGACCCCCAAAACUGGCCGCAAACGAAAACAUAGCUACAAAAAAGUGUCUGACUCUCCACAGCCAGUGUUUGCGUUGCCGCUGCCCUCGCCCAUAAAGAUACCACCACCUCCACCAUCGUCAAUUUUACCAUCGACUACUCUUGCGUUCAUCCCACCGACCCAGCCUCGACCAUCCAUUAGUAUGGAGCCCAUGUAUACUGCAUCGGCUGCUUCCAACGCAUUGAUUAGAGCUUCAUUGGCAGCAGCAACAACAGCAGCACCUGUAUCAGUGGUAUCAUCAGCACCACCAUUGACUACGCCACUAAAACCAAGUUCAGUAGUGACAAGUGAUAUUCAGCUUCCACCAAAAAAAGCAAUGGUGCAAAAUCUAAAUGGAUUAGUGAAGCUGCAGCAGAAGCCCCAAGCUCCACAAUUCCCUGCCCCAACCCCCCUGGGGCAGACCCUUGGGAUGAGGCCUAUGGUGACCCCUAGUUCUGCGGUGGCUCUUAACCAGCCACUGGGCCAAGUGAAGAAGGUCCCUGUUAUACCCAUUACUCUUAGUCUGUCUGGACCAGUCCCUUCACAGGCUAUGACAAUGUUAAGCCAACUGCCAGCAGGAUUUGAGGUAACAGGGGGUAAACUAGUAGAAGUGGGGGCGCGGACACGCCCUCCAGUAUCUGGGUUUGAGAUGUCGGGGGGUAAACUUGUGGCCCGUCCCCCUGUGACCCAGAUUCUCCACCAGACCCUCACACAGCGCCAGGCCCUUCAGAAACAGACUGCAUCCAACCACUCGCAGGUUUUGUCUGCUCCACUGACAGCUGCCCAGCUCAGAUGUCCGCCUGUGUCCCAGCCCACCUUUGUAACCAUGUCAACGACACAAGCAGCACAGCUGGGCUCUAAUCCAUUUGGGUCUUUAGUUGUCAAAGAUGGUGUUAUCACGGUAGCAAAGCCACAGAUGACGUCAAACCUAGUUCUGUCACAACCUACAAAACUGUUGUCUGCCUCAUCUACUGCACCCGUUUCUGCCAUGACUUUCCCAUAUUACAUGGCGUCUCUGCAAAAAAUCACACAUCCAGUGCUGGUCACUUCCUUGAUGGCACCAGCUAUGGGCAUUCAAGCAAACACGACAUCAAGUAGUGGAACUCCUUUGACAUUGUCGUCUGCUCCUCUUACAGCGAUUAAAAGUGACAUAAAAAUUGAACCUGCAAAAACUCAAUCUGUGAUACCAAUUUCUUACAAUAACUCUUUGGCAGUGAUUCCAAAUCAUGUCAAUGUUUCAAAUGUUAAACCUAUGUCUAACUUGGUCACAUUUUCUGUGGCUUCAACACCGAAGACUGUCAUGUCUAUAAACACGACAAACACUCCGUCAGUUCCCAUGCGGCAAGUUCUAACACCUAAUAUACUACCUGGUCAGCUGGCCUGGCCAUUCCUUACAAUUCCACGGACUCCCAUCAUGGUAUCGUCAUCAUCAUUGAACCACUCGCAACCUACUGGGACUGGUGCUACCUUAACUGCAACAUCAUCAAGCCAUGCGACCACACCUACUUUCGUCUCAUUGGCUAACUUGAAUCAGCUGACACAGAUGGUUGCUCCGGUAACAGUCAUGUCACCAGGAAUGCAAAUGACGCCAACUGCAAUAACACAGGCGCAAAUAAAUGGAAUGUUUGCUACUCCGCUAUUGAAACAUUUACAGUUUCCCAUGUUACAGUCCGGCCAAGUGCUGGGUCAACAAGUCAUGAAACCUGUUGUCGUGGUAACCGUUCCAAAUGUUAUCAGUUCAUCAUUAGCAAAUAACUCCAUUGUGCCCAGUUCAUCAAGAAGAUAAUAUUUUGUUUUAUGAUGUUUAAAUGCUAGUUGUAAUUAUUGAUCAUUUGGUGCAUCAAAACAUUGACUCCUACGAUGAUACAAAUAUAUGGACUCCUUCGAUGAUACAAAUAUAUGGACUUCUUCGAUGAUACAAAUAUAUGGACUCCUACGAUGAUACAAAUAUAUGGACUCCUUCGAUGAUACAAAUAUAUGGACUCCUUCGAUGAUACAAAUAUAUGGACUCCUUCGAUGAUACAAAUAUAUGGACUCCUUCGAUGAUACAAAUAUAUGGACUUCUUUGAAAAGAUAAAAUGGUAUUUUUAUUAGGAUUCACAAACGAUAUUAUUUCUGAUUGGAAUAAAUGAAUUAUUUCUAUUAAAGUUUUAUUUAUGUCACAUUUUUUAAUAACAUCCUAAUGAUGAUAUUAUGAUAUUAUGUUUUAACGGGAUGUAAUGAAACAAAAAGAUACUAUGAUUAUAUUGCAAUUAUAUAAAUUUGUUUCUUAAAUAACAUUAUGAAAUCUGUAAAAAUAUAUAAACUUACACAACAAAUUGUUACUUAAAAUAAAACUUUACCAGUAUCAUUUACUUAGCAUAGCAUUAGCAUUUUUGGGCAUAAGGAAUAAACACUACAAUGAAGAAAUACAUUUAAGGAGGAUUUUUAUUGAAAGCGUUGACAAAACACAGGCCAGGCCCCAAUUUCUCGAAACUUCUUAAUUCCCAUAUAACAGGAUUAAGCUAAGCUCACUAUUUUUGUUUUUCAAUUAUUUGCGUGAUAUUUACUUCUUUAAGAGUUAUUAUACUCUUAGAUAGGAACUAUCUAAAUGAUAAUCACAAUAACCAUUUUGUCAUUUAUCAAAAUUCAAUUUAAUUAUGUUUUUCGGCUAAUUGAAAUAAGCUACCGAUACUUAAACCUGUUAAGCAUAAGAAGUUUCGAGAAAUAGUGGCCAGAUGAUUUCCAUAUUUUGUGAUCUUUAUUGAAACAAGCCCACGGUGAAUAGACUUCUCAGCUGUUGUUGAAAUAAGCACAAGGCAGAAACAUUGCAAUGGUCAAGUGCUUUCCAGGCUUCUAGAUACUGGAAUUUACAUAGCUGGGUUUAUUGAUUAUUUUUUAGUCUGACAAGAAUGUGUAAGAAUUCAGACUGGUUCACCCUAAAACUGAAUUUCGAUGACUGGUUAUGCGAUCCAUAAAAUCGAGAUUACGCAUCAUCAUCAUCAAUAAAUAAUAACUAUAAAAAGGGCUAUGGAAAUAAAAAUCUUCAUUAUUAAAUAAUGGUAAUAUGUUAUUGGUUGCAACCCUAGAAUUCUUACUUAUACUUUCAAGAAACAAGAUUAAAUACUCCCUUGCAAAUACUCCCUUGCUUUGUUAAGGGUUUUUGUUGGUUUAGAAAUGUCAACAUAAUAAUAUUUAUAAUACUUAAUUCAUCUAGAUAGUAAUUUAGACAUCAAACUAGCAUGAUGAUGUCAGAUAAUUUCUUAUUCCAUAAAGAAUAGGUUAUUAGAUCCUGACUCCACCCAUAUUUAAGGAGUAGGUAGAUAAUCAGGAAUUUUUAAACACACAAGAUGAGAAUUAGACCAAAAAAUCAAAUUAUCCACCAAGUAAUUUCAUGUGUGUAUUUGUGAGUCUGACAAACUGAGUGUAAGACCAAAGAAACUUCAUGUAUUUAUUAUUAGUUGUGGCUUUCUUAUGGACUGGACUCAAAUAGGAAGAGGGGUAAUUUAUUAAAGUUUUGUUGAUCAUUUCAAAUCAUAGGUAGGCAAAGAUAUUUUAUUGUAUAAUUUAAUGUUAAAUAAUAAUGAAAUUAUAAUUAUAUAUUAUUGUUAUAAUUCAUUGAUAAAUGAAAUAUAUGUAGUUCUUGUGGAAAAAAAAAUAAUAUUUAGAUUUAGCAUAUUAGAUACAAGAAUGUGCUUAAACAAUUUUGGUGAACAUUUUCUCAGUCAAGGUAUAGGUGGAAAUAUUAUCCAAUAAGACCAUGAUUAAAACAUAUUUGAUAAAUAGCCAUUGCAACAUUAAAGUGUUAAGCUUUAUAACAUUGUGAUGUAGAAACCUACAGUUACCAUUGGCGUAUGGAGUGUGCAUAUUCCAGAAGUAUUGUAAUUGAGAUCAUGUUGAAUGAUUUUUGUUUGUUUUAUUUAUUCCAUCUUUUAGUGCUUACUUAAAGUAUAUGUGCAAUGUUACUGUAAUUGUUCAUUAAAAUUGAUGAAUAAAAUGGUUACGAUUUUAA